AUGAGUGAGCAGGAGGUCACUUACUCAACUGUGAGAUUUCAUAAAUCUUCAGGGUCGCAGAACCAAGUGAAGAUUGAGGAGACUCAGGGUCCCAGAGAAGCUGGCCACAGAGAGUGUUCAGUCCCCUGGCAGCUCAUUGUGAUAGUUCUUGGAAUCCUCUGUUCCCUUCUGCUGGUAACUGUUGCACUGUUGGUGAUAAACAAUUUUCAGUAUAGUCAAGGAAAACAUGAACUGAAGGAAGCCCUAAAUUGCCACCAUAACUACAGCACUAUGCAAAAUGACAUUGACUUAAAGGAAGAAAUGACGAGAAAUAUGUCUGUAAAGUGUAGUGCAUACAAUGAUAUCCUGGAAUUCCUCAAGAGAGAACAGAACAGAGGAUACAGUGGAAUCAAGAAUGUUUCGGGUUUCCCAGAGUAUAAAGGCAAACGUGUUAAAAUGCAGUGGUUCUGCUAUGGUAUAAAAUGUUAUUAUUUUAUCAUGGACAAAAAAGUAUGGAGUGGAUGUAACCAGACGUGCCAUCAUUUGAGCUUAUCUCUUCUGACGAUAGAUGAUGAGGAUGAAUUGAAGUUCCUUCAGCAACAGGUUACUCCAGAUAGUUACUGGAUAGGAUUGUCAUAUGAUAAGGAAAAACAGGAAUGGUCAUGGAUUGACAAAGGCCCAUCUAAACUUGACUUGAACAUAAAGAAGUUCAACUUAAAUGAUGGAGGAUGUACAUUCUUAUCUAAAACAAGAGUAGAGAAUACUAACUGUGAUAAAUCAUACAGCUGUAUUUGUGGGAAGAGACUGCAUAAAUUCCCUGUUUGA